AUGUACAUAAACUUAGCAAUGGAAAAAGAGUAUGUUGGGUUUGCUUCACUGCCCAAUCAAUUGCAUAGAAAAUCUGUCAAAAAAGGAUUUGAUUUCACACUCAUGGUUGCAGGUGAGUCUGGUCUUGGUAAAUCCACUUUAGUAAACAGCUUGUUCCUGACUGAUCUGCAUAAGGACCGUAAACUCCUCAAUGCAGAAGAGCGAAUUAGUCAGACAGUGGAGAUCACCAAGCACACAGUGGACAUUGAAGAGAAGGGAGUGAAGCUCAAACUGACUAUAGUGGACACGCCGGGAUUUGGAGAUGCAGUCAACAACACUGAAUGUUGGCAGCCAGUUACAGACUACAUCAACCAGCAGUUUGAGCAGUACUUUAGAGAUGAGAGCGGUCUCAACAGGAAGAAUAUCCAGGACAACAGGGUGCACUGCUGCCUCUACUUUAUACCUCCUUUUGGACAUGGGCUACGCCCCGUCGACAUAGAGUUCAUGAAGAUACUAAUGGAUAAGGUUAAUGUAGUCCCUCUCAUCGCCAAAGCUGACUGUUUGACCCCCAGUGAGAUAAAGAAGUUUAAAGAUCGGCUGAGAGAGGAAAUAGAUAAGUGUGGGAUAAAGAUCUACCAGUUCCCAGACUGCGACUCUGAUGAGGACGAAGAGUUCAAACAGCAAGACAGAGAGCUGAAGGAGAGCACUCCAUUUGCUGUGAUUGGCAGCAACACAGUGGUGGAGGCCCGUGGUCAGAGAGUGAGAGGCCGGCUGUACCCGUGGGGGAUUGUGGAGGUGGAGAACCCCGCCCACUGUGACUUUGUGAAGCUGAGGACCAUGCUAAUAAGAACUCACAUGCACGACCUGAAGGACAUAACCAACGACUGUCACUAUGAAAACUACAGGGCGCAGUGCAUUCAGACUAUGGCAAGUAAAAUGAAUUCUGACAAUAGAGUGGAGAGCCCCAUUCCCAUUUUGCCUCUGUCUACACCAGACGUAGAGACGGAGAAGCUUAUCAAAAAGAAAGACGAAGAGUUGAAGAGGAUGCAGCAGAUGCUUCAGAAGAUGCAACAGCAAAUGCAUGAGCAGGACCUGUGACUCAUGUUAAACUAUUACUAUCUAUUACAUUGAUAUACACCAUUUAAUAAUCACAAACUACAAAUGUAACGUCUUCAAACCAUUUCAGCAUGCAAGACCUGUAGGAAUGUCGUUUUUAAAGCAGUCAUUAGCCAAGUGAGUAAAAGACAGGUGCACUUUGUUAGGAAACAGUAGAUUUGUCCUGUAAUAACCUGGAUUAUUAUUAUUAUUUUUUUUUUUUUUUGCACUUUUAUUUUUUAGCAGGCUACAAUUCAACAUGUGCUGGCUGAAUGUGAAUUAUUUCCAUUGCAAAAAGCUUUUAGUUUGAAUUGCCUACCACAAACAUCUAAGGACAUUGAUUUUCUUGUGUAGGCUGUAUCUUUUUUGGCAAAAUACACAUAAACCAGGGUGAAAGCCACACAAUGUUUUGUAAUUUAUUAAUUUAUUGUGCAUAUUUUAAUAAUAAAUGUAGUGCAUGUAA